AUGCUGUUGGCCCCUGUUCGCAAAGCAGUAGCCGCUAAGUCCAACAACUAUGAGGGGGAACUGGAGGGACUUCAUCUGGCCAUAGACACCAUCACCCGCAGACAAACCACAAGCAAGAGAGUACUCAUCCUCUGUGACUGCAAAGCAGCAAUAGAGAACGUCAUAGGAGUACAGCAGGUGGAAGCCUACAACGCCCUGGUACACACCAUCAGAAACAAGCUACAAGCACUCCGACAGCAAGGUAUCACCACACAAAUCACAUGGUGCCCAGGGCACAUGGGUAUCUCUGGUAAUGAAAUCGCAGAUAACGAAGCUAAACUUGCAGCCAACGAGGCAUCAACCAACCCCCAAAACAGCACAUCCUGGACCAAGCAUCAAGCCAUGAAACACAUUGAAACAAAAGCACAUGAGAGAUGGGAUAGAAGAACAGAACUCAACACGACAAGUCAACACAUGCUGAAGAUAGGAACAAACAUGAAGAAGAAAGGCAGAGCACUUGGUAGAAGAAGCACACAAGUCACCAUCAACCAGCUGGUGAGCGGGCACACCAGACUCAAUGCGUACCAGAACUGGAAAAACCCUGAAGUCUCACCAUACUGCCCAAACUGCGACGCUCUGGAGACCACCAACCACUACCUGUACCACUGCCCCCGCUAUGAGAACGAAAGGCAUCACAUGCUGAUGGAAGCAGACAACAUUCACGAGACCUACAACACAGCAAAGGAAGACAGAGACACGGACAUCGUCACACUGGCCGGAAUGAGA